AACUUGAAACCUUGUUUGCGCAACAAUCAGCGCCGCGGAGCCGCCAAAGUGUCUAGACUGGCAUAUGAUGGGAGGCAGCCAAUGACUCCGCGGCGCUCCUCCGGGGGCCCUCAGUGUGCGUUUGAGGAGAACAAAAAAGAGAGAGAGAGCCGAGCUGGGGAGCGAGCGAGGGAGCCGAGUCGAGAGAAAGAGCUGCCGGGCGCUGCCUCGCCAAACCUCGCAGGGACCGCGGGGCCACCGGGAGGCACUUUUGUGGAGGGGGGAGGGCGGGCUACCUCGGCAGCCGCGGCGCCCCAAGCGUCCGAGCGCAGCGUGGGGCGGGCUGCGACCUCUGCCUCGGUGGAUUGCGUUUUUAAUUAAGGAUUCCCAGCAGCUCUUUGGGAUUUUUACAGCUUCCACUCAUGUGUUGACACCCGCGUUCAGGAGAAACUCGCUCCAAGUGCAUCUAGCGCCUGGGACCUGAGACGGAGUUGGCCUUUCAUGCAUGCAAAUCCAGGGAUUUGGAUUUUGUUUGGGAUUUUUCUUUCUUUCCCUUUCCCCCCCCUUUUUUCUUUUUUGCAGGGAGUUGAGGGUAUCGACAAGCUUACCUUUCGGAUCCUGCAGGAAAAGCCCAUGUAGUUACGCGCUUGGGUUUUAAAGGCAGGGUUUUCCAGACACAUUUGGGGGUUCGACGCUAGCGCUUUGUGCUCAUGGACGAGCCGCGCAACUUUUGAAGGCUCGCCGGCCCAUGCGGGGUCUUCCUAGCUGCGCGCUGCCUGCAGCCCCCCUAAAGCGAGGGGGCUGGAGUUAAGCCGCCCAGCCGCCGAGAUCCAUGUAGCCGCUGGCCAGGCGCGGACUGCGGCUCGGCGUGCGCUUGUUCCCGCUGUCCCGACCGGGCGAGCUCCCUCAUGUUGCAGCCCUGCUGUGCCCCUUCGACGACAGGCUGUGCGCGGUCUGCACGGCGCUCCGCGGCGGAGCUUCAUGUGGGGCUGCGGCCCGCGCAGCCGGCGCCUCGCUGAGGGAACGGACCCCUGGUAACCGGAGACCGCCUCCCUCCCACCCCCGGCGCCAAAGGAUAUCGUAUGUUCAGGUCCAAACGCUCGGGGCUGGUGCGGCGACUUUGGCGAAGUCGUGUGGUCCCCGAUCGGGAGGAAGGCGGCGGCAGCGGCGGCGGCGGUGACGAGGAUGGGAGCUUGGGCAGCCAAGCUGAGCCGGCCCCGCGGGCACGAGAGGGCGGAGGCUGCGGCCGCUCCGAAGUCCGCCCGGUAGUCCCACGACGGCCCCGGGAAGCGGUGGGACAGCGAGGCGCCCAGAGUGCGGGGAGGCGCCGGCGCGCAGGGGGCCCCCCGAGACCCAUGUCGGAGCCGGGGGCCGGCGCCGGGGACUCCUUGCUGGAUGUGGCGGAACCGGGAGGCCCGGGCUGGCUGCCCGAGAGUGACUGCGAGACAGUGACCUGCUGUCUCUUCUCGGAGCGGGACGCCGCUGGCGCGCCCCGGGACGCCGGCGACCCCCUGGCCGGGGAGGCCUUGGAGCCGGCGGCCGGCGGGCGGAGUCGCGAAGCCCGCUCGCGCCUGCUGCUGCUCGAGCAGGAACUGAAGACAGUCACGUACUCGCUGCUGAAGCGGCUCAAGGAGCGCUCGCUGGACACGCUGCUGGAGGCUGUGGAGUCCCGCGGCGGCGUGCCGGGCGGCUGCGUGCUGGUGCCGCGCGCCGACCUCCGCCUGGGCGGUCAGCCCGCGCCGCCGCAGCUGCUGCUCGGCCGCCUCUUCCGCUGGCCCGACCUGCAGCACGCCGUGGAGCUGAAGCCCCUGUGUGGCUGCCAUAGCUUCGCUGCCGCCGCCGACGGCCCCACCGUGUGUUGCAACCCCUACCACUUCAGCCGGCUCUGCGGACCAGGAGAGAGUCAGCACCCAGCCUGGAGGCACAGAGAUGGUCAGAUCACAGAACUCCUGACUCAGUGUGGAAGGGGAAGGUGGGAGCCUGGAUUUGUCACAGGUGGUGUGCUGGCCCCAGCAGGGACCAGGGCUGUGAGACCCGGCGCCUCCUCAUUCCCUGGCUCAUGGAGCAGUGGAGCAGAGUCUGGCCUGGGCACAAAUCCCACCUCCACCGUGAUUGGCUGGGGGGCAUGGGCAGAAUCACCGCCUCCCCCCUACUCACGGCUGUCUCCUCACGACGAGUACAAGCCACUGGAUCUGUCCGAUUCCACAUUGUCUUACACUGAAACGGAGGCCACCAACUCCCUCAUCACUGCUCCGGCAGACGCCAGCAUGUCUCCGGACGCCACCAAGCCGAGCCACUGGUGCAGCGUGGCGUACUGGGAGCACCGGACGCGGGUGGGCCGCCUCUACGCGGUGUACGACCAGGCCGUCAGCAUCUUCUACGACCUACCUCAGGGCAGCGGCUUCUGCCUGGGCCAGCUCAACCUGGAGCAGCGCAGCGAGUCGGUGCGGCGCACGCGCAGCAAGAUCGGCUUCGGCAUCCUGCUCAGCAAGGAGCCCGACGGCGUGUGGGCCUACAACCGCGGCGAGCACCCCAUCUUCGUCAACUCCCCCACGCUGGACGCGCCCGGCGGACGCGCCCUGGUGGUGCGCAAGGUGCCGCCCGGCUACUCCAUCAAGGUGUUCGACUUCGAGCGCUCGGGGCUGCUGCAGCACGCGGCCGAGCCCGACGCCGCCGACGGCCCCUACGACCCCAACAGCGUGCGCAUCAGCUUCGCCAAGGGCUGGGGGCCCUGCUACUCGCGGCAGUUCAUCACCUCCUGUCCCUGCUGGCUGGAGAUCCUGCUCAACAACCACAGAUAGCGGCGGCCCAGGGGCGCGCAGGAGGCCGGGCCGCCGCCGUCCGCUCACCUCGAGAGGGGCCGGUGCUCAGAGACGCGGCCCCCACGGACGAAACCCCCCAAAUAUCAUCUACCUAGAUUUAAUAUAAAAUUUUAUAUAUUAUAUGGAAAUAUAUAUUAUACUUGUAAUUAUGGAGUCAUUUUUACAAUGUAAUUAUUUAUGUAUGGUGCAAUGUGUGUAUAUGGACAAAACAAGAAAGACGCACUUUGGCUUAUAAUUCUUUCAAUACAGAUAUAUUUUCUUUCUUUUCCUCCUUCCUCUUCUUUAUUUUGUUUUUGUUUUGUUUAAGAAAAAUGAUACAACAGAACUAGGUGGAAAAGCCUGGGUUUGGUGUAUGGCUUUUGAAAUAUUAAUGCCCAGACAAAAAGCUACUACCAGUCACUCCAUGAUAAUAAAGUAUU